AUGCUGGGCUGCUCCACUAUGGAAGCUAUCCAUCUUGUGAGGAGGUUGGUGGAACAGUACAUGGAUAAGAAGAAGGAUCUACACAUGACGUUUAUUGACUUGGAGAAAGCGUAUGACAAGGUUCCUAGGGAGGUGCUCUGUAGUUGUCUUGAGGCAAAAGGCGUGUUGGUAGCCUACAUAAGAGCGAUCAAGGACAUGUGUGAUGGAGCUAAGACUAAGGUUAGGACUGUGGGAGGCGACUCAACGCAUUUCCCAGUUGUUAUGGUAUUACACCAAGGCUCUGCGCUUAGCCCUUUCUUAUUUGCCUUGGUGAUAGAUGCAUUGACACACCAUAUUCAAGGGGAUGUGCCAUGGUGUAUGUUAUUUGCUGAUGAAAUAGUUCUAAUUGAUGAGAUGAGGGUCGGUGUUAACAAGAGAUCGGAGGUUUGGAGACAGACUCUUGAGUCUAAGGGUUUCAAAUUGAGCAGGUCUAAGAUAGAGUACCUUGAGUGCAAGUUUAGCGUUGAGUCGAGGGAAGUAGGCAGGGAUGUGAGGGUUGGAUCACAGGUCAUCCCCAAGAGAGAUAGAUUCAAGUACCUUGGGUCGAUGAUUCAGGGGGGCGAAGAGAUCAACGAGGAUGUUACUCACCGCAUAGGGGCGGGCUGGAUGAAAUGGAGGCUUGCAUCUGGAGUCUUGUGUGACAAGAAAGUGCCACCGAUACUCAAAGGUAAUUUUUAUAGAGUUGUGGUUAGACCGGCCAUGUUGUACGGGGUAGAGCAUUGGCCUGUUAAGAACUCCCAUAUCCAGAGGAUAAAGGUAGUAAAGAUGCGGAUGCUGAGGUGGAUGUGCGAGCACACUAGGAUAGACAAGAUUAGGAAUGAAGAUAUUCGGAAGAAGGUGGGCGUGGCCCCUGUGGAUGACAAGAUGUGGGAAGCGAGGCUCAGAUGGCUCGGGCACGUGCAGAAGAGAAGCCUUGAUGCCCCGGUGAGGAGGUGUGAGCAGUUGGUCGUAGUGGGUACGAGAAGAGGUAGAGGGAGGCCUAAGAAGUAUUGA